CUUAUUAUUCUGUGGUAGUACCGUGUUGUUCAAAAAAUAAAAAUGGCGCUUGCGUACAUUCAUUCGUGUAAACGUUGCUAAACGAUAUUUUUCGUCUACAUAAACAAUACGUUGUGUUAAUUUCAACGUAACGUCUGUUUGUAUAAUUACAUUUUCUUGCUAGAUUAUUACUUUUAUUGUUAUUCUUAAAGGAUCUGGAACCUAUAACCUAUCACAAUGGCUAUGUCAAAAUCUACCAACACUUACAAUCGUCAAAAUUGGGAAGAUUCGGAAUUUCCCAUUUUGUGCCAAACAUGUCUUGGUGACAAUCCUUAUAUUCGUAUGACUAAGGAAAAAUAUGGCAAAGAAUGUAAAAUAUGUGCCCGCCCGUUCACUGUAUUCCGGUGGUGUCCUGGUGCUAGGAUGCGUUUCAAGAAAACAGAGAUUUGUCAAACGUGUUCCAAACUGAAAAAUGUUUGCCAAACAUGCCUUUUAGACUUAGAAUAUGGCUUGCCCAUUCAAGUACGCGACGCUGCUUUGAAAAUUCAAGAUGACCUGCCUCGAAAUGAAGUGAACAAAGAAUAUUAUAUACAGAACUUAGAUAGUCAAAUGUCGAAGGUGGAUCCUACUCAGCCAAGUAACUCUGCUCUUAAAUCCAAGGGUGCAUCUGACUUAUUACUUCGUUUGGCCAGGACUGCACCAUAUUAUAAGAGAAAUAGGCCCCAUGUUUGUUCAUUUUGGGUUAAAGGUGAAUGUAGAAGAGGCGAAGAGUGCCCCUACAGACAUGAGAAACCUACAGACCCCGAUGAUCCACUGGCGGAUCAAAAUAUCAAAGACAGAUAUUAUGGCGUUAAUGAUCCUGUCGCUGAGAAGCUGAUGCGUCGUGCCGCAGCAAUGCCGGCACUGCCUCCACCUGAGGAUCGAACUGUCACUACACUGUACAUUGGCAACUUGCCAGAAAGCAUGAGCGAAGAAGAGUUAAGGGGGCAUUUCUAUCAGUAUGGUGAAAUUAGGCAAUUAACCCUAGUACCAAGGGCGCAAUGUGCAUUUGUACAGUACACAACAAGGAGUGCUGCAGAACAUGCAGCUGAAAAGACAUUUAAUAGAUUAGUGAUUGGAGGAAAACGCCUUACCAUCAAGUGGGGCAAAUCGCAAGGUCGGCAAGGGCUCAAUGAGAAGAAUGAGGUGGCACCUGCAUUGGAACCAGUUCCAGGAUUGCCUGGCACACUCCCGCCGCCACCAGCAUACUUGCACCCAUUCCCACCCCAGAUGCCACCACCAAAUCGACCAAACGACUUCUUCAAUCUCCAUCACUAUGGUGGGCCAUGGGGAGGGUGGGGUGCACCCCCCUUACCACCCGGCCCGCCCGCGCCGCCUCCCCCCGCGCCCCUGCCCCUGCAUUACCCCAGCCAAGACCCUGCUCGGCUGGGACAUGCCCAUGCUAACACACCCCAGACAUAGUGAAGUGAAUGUGUUGUGUUGUAAAGCAAUAGUGGUUAAGUGAUAGUGUUUGGGAUAGGAUUUAUGUACUGAGUUGAAUCGGCCUGAAUUCAUGUAAAUUUUCAAAAAUAUUAUAGAUAACAAACUGUGCUCUGUGUGUUAUCUGCGGUCGAAAUGCGCGGCACACCUGGUGCCUUUAUAUUUUUGAAUAAUUACAAUUGGUAUGUUAAUCUAGACUUGAUGAAAUGUAUGUUAAAGAAUUUUAUUUCCUUCUAAACCUUUGCCUAUUCCAUAUGUUACUACAGUUGACAAUGACAAUACUGAGUUCAUACUUAUCUAUAUUGAAUGUGUGGCACAACAUAAAUCAUGAUGAAGAAAACUCGGCAUCUGUUUCACUGAUUGAUUUUCCUUUCCACAGCCCUUAGUCCACCCAUGAAUUGUUUGUAAUUAAUUAGCAUUGUUGUUAUAAAAUUUUCAUUAGCCCUAUCAUAUUAUUAAACUGCCCUAUAAAUUUUCAUUUUACAAAAGCAAUGAUUUGUUCUUCACAAUUCAAAAGUAGUAAUGUGAGUAUAAAAAUUUGCUGAAAUAGUUCGUACUUUUAUCAAUAUUAUGAAAAUAGUAAUGCCCUUCCUUUACUGUUUACUUGUGUAUUCAAAGACCUAUUAUGUACUAUAUCUUUAUCAAUAUUUUGUAUUGUUUAAAUCAAUACUGUACAGUGUAUUAGUUUAAACUGUUCAAAUGAAUGUAAUGUGUGGAGACAAUGAUUAAUUUUUAAGUGUAUUGUAAAAUUGAUAUAAAUGCGUAAUUUUACACAG